CACGCGCUGUUGUUUUGAUUGACACCAGUGGUCGGGGUUGAACUUUCGUUUUACCCUCCGUCGUCAAAAACAUGCAGUAAAUCACUGAAAAUCGAUAUCUGAAAUGCUGAUGACAGCAACGGAGGAAAUAUCACUGUGCCCUAUGAAACCAGAGGAGCGUCCAGGCGGUGUACGGAGCUUCCUUUUGGUGGACGACCAGGAAAAUCUCCAGGUCCAUGAUGAGUCGGAUUUUGUUGAGAGGCUCAACUGUGGGGAUGCUGGAGGUGUCAAAGUUAUCUCCAUCUUUGGAAACACAGGGGAUGGCAAGUCACACACCCUUAACCACAUCCUGUUCAGUGGUGAGAGUGUGUUUUACACUUCCAAGUCCCCUAGCUCAUGUACAGUGGGUGUGUGGGCCGCUUAUGACCCUUUCCUUAGCCUGAUUGCUCUGGACACGGAGGGCUUGUUGGGGGCCGCUGCCAAUCAAAAUCAGAGAAUGCGUCUGCUGCUGAAGGUACUGGCAGUGUCUGAUAUAGUAAUCUAUCGAACGCGAGCCGAGCGCCUCCACAACGACAUGUUCCAGUUCUUGAGCAGUGCUUCGGGGGCUUAUCUGAAGCACUUCACUCCAGAGCUGAAGGCCCUAUCCAGCCGCUGCAGCCUGGACGUGCCCCUCUCACAUCUUGGCCCUGCCGUUAUUGUCUUUCAGGAGACGACGCACACACAGCUACUGGGCCAAGAUUCUAAGGCGGCAGGCCAUGGCGACACGCAGCUCCAGAGGCGUUUUCAUGACCUGGGCUUAGGCACAGAUGCCUUCAGCUCAGUACAGUACGUGGGCACCCAAACAAUUACGCCUCCUACUGACUACAGCGGGCUGCUGGAGGCCGUCAGACAGCAAGUGAAGAACACUCACACACGCUCGCCCCGACAUCCCGGCAUAGUGUUUCAUGCUCUAGAAGCCCUGAGUGAACGUUUCUGUGGCGAGCUUUCAGAUGACAAGGUGAAUCUGUACACCUUCUUCCCCGACGAGUACUUCACCUGCUCUGCUGUUUGCCUGAGUUGCAAUAUUCGCUGCAAGAAUGGAAUGAACCAUCUGCGAGACAGGGUUCCCCACAUGGCAGAUGGACUGUGCCAGUAUGCACACCAGUACAACAACAAAGUCCUUAUUUGUAAGAGGUGCUAUGAAGGAGGCAGGGAGGUGACAGUUGUGCCUAAGACCUCUGCGUCCUCUGACAACCCAUGGUUUGGACUGGCCAAAUUUGCCUGGUCAGGUUAUGUGUUAGAGUGUGCCAGCUGUGGCGUCAUCUACCGUAGUAGACAGUACUGGAUAGGGAACCAGGACCCUGAAAGCAGCGUGGUGCGUUCUGAGGUCAAACAUGUCUGGGAGGGGUCGGACACCUUCCUCAGCAACCACCAGAAUGCAGCUCAGAGGGUCCUGGAUGGGAUGAACUAUGUGAUCCAGUCAGUGUCGGAGUACAGCACCGGUCCCACCAAAACUGUCACAUCCUGGCUCACUGACCAGGUGGCGCCACCAUACUGGAGACCCAACACAGAGAUUACGGCCUGUCAUGCCUGUCACAAAAUGUUUGAGGAGGCGGAGCGUAAGCACCACUGCCGGUCAUGUGGCGAGGGCUUCUGCCACCCUUGUUCCAGCCACAGGAUGCCAGUCCCAGAGAGAGGAUGGGGCAGCACCCCUGUGAGGGUGUGUAUGGCUUGCUAUCAGCAGGGAGGACCUCCUGAAACCAACAAUGAGGUGUGUAAAGUCGAGCCUCGUGGUCUCAUCGCUCGGAGAGUGGCAGAGGUGGCUCAGUCUACGCUGGACAUGGUCAGCACCGCUGUGGACUAUCCGCUCUGUUUUGUGAAGGACGUAGCUCGACCAGACUACUGGAUUCCAGACCAGGACAUCACCCGCUGCCAUCAGUGCUCUAAAGUCUUCACUCCAGUGAUGUCCAAGCACCACUGCAGAGCCUGUGGUCAGGGCGUGUGCGGACCCUGCUCCACACACAUGAAGCCUGUACCCUCCAGAGGGUGGGACCACCCUGUGCGAGUGUGUGACAGCUGUAACACCCGCACCAAUACUCUCUAAGCUUUAAAUCUGGAAUGGAUCUGAAGGUACUGUAUGAUCACAGGUGCCGACCAAGUGUUCUUUAGCUCUUCGGCCUUCCGUCACCAUUCUGCUUCAUUUAGUAGAAAAAAUGCGGUCGUCUUCAGCACAGGUUCCAGGUGCUUUGAGUUUUCCUCAACACAUGGAAGUGCUGCACAAAGUGACUUGUGGAUUAAAAGUAUGAAACAAUGAACCAGUGGGAGAUUUUCAGAUGGAAUAUUUUGAACAUCUUUUUAAAUCACGACGCUGACUUUAACCUUCACCUUCUUUCUUGUCAUGUUAGUUUCUUUGGAGUUCACGAAAGGUUAAGAGGAUGGAUGGAGGCCGUCAUGGUUUAGGUCGACUUUGGAGAAAAUACUUUGUGUCUUGUUCAGGACAGAAUGUGUGUUUGUGUGUGGUUCCAUUUGCGUCCUGCGCGAGCAAGAAAGUUAGGACCCUAUGAUUUCCACGGAAUGGCGGAAUUGGCUGAUAAAAACGGAGUGUACUGUUAAACGUGGAAUCUGAAGAAAAUGUAUAAAUUGUGAAUUAAAUGCCGGCAUCGUGAGGAGAAGGAUUAAGUAUUCCCUGUCGGACAACUCAAUCGUGGCAGAAUCUCAUCACAAACACUAACCCCGCCCCCUCCCGAACUAAACAUGGCGAAAUGGCAACCUAAAACGCCGGCGAAAGUUGCCGUAAAACUUGGAAACUCAUCUCUUACGGAGCAUGAAUGGCAGCUGGCUGGGUUAGCUUAGUUUAGCAGAGCAUGCUAGUGUGGCUGUGUGAGCGCCACUUAGGUCGUAUGCGUGCGUUUACACCGUGUUGUGUUUGUAGGAUGCCUGCUGACGUCGUGCAAGUUCUGAGUGAAGUAAGGACGAGAGGCAGAUUUAUUUAUAAACCCAGCUCGUCUUAACCGUCAACGGACAUUCUCAAUACACACAACACACUUCCAGCCUUCAAAAUAAGAGCGCAGUUCGCCACAUCUUGUCUCAUUGCGUAAACAAAAUAAGGGUGUCAUAAAAAAAAAUCCUUCGAUUAACAACGCAAUUAGAAUUGCAUCCGUGACUACGUCUUCCUUAACCACAAGCACGGGCAUCACAGCUUGUUGAGGAUUUUGUAGCAGUGUGUGCGGAGUAGGCCUGUCACGAUAAUCGAGAAAAUUAUUAAUCGAACGAUGGAAAAAAAUGAGGUUGAUAAUUUUGACGCCUAGAUAAAGUGACAUGUGCGACAUCUACAUAUGGCUGUUCCAUUUCCUCGUCUUGCUGUAGCACACAAGCUGGAUGACAAGAGGGUUCACCCUGCUUGCAUCUGAGCGCAUUGGUUGUAUAGUCAAAUGAAGGGAAAGAGUGAGCCUCCUGUCAGCUAUUCAGCGUCUUUGUCACAGUACGUGGAGGAGGUGGCUAGCUAUGGAGUGACUGAAUACACUGAGUGCUAGCUAGCACUUAGCAAGCAAACUCUAAUAUGAAUGAAAGCACAAAAGCGAUAGUUUCUAAGCCGAAAGCCACAGUUCCAGUGUGGAUGUGCUGUGGGGCAUUCGUCCCGGCGGUUGGCAGUUGCGGGGGCGUUUGAUCGGCGAAGUGAAUGUAUAGUGCCGGGCAGCGCGAGCUUGCGAUACCCAGGGCAUGUGAAGUGGUGACACCCCGCAAUUCGUGCUAUAGUAGGCCUCUUCUGUGCCUCGCACAGAUAAGACUACACUUGAGUACCAUCUAGGGACAAUAUGGUCAAAAAAAAAAAAAAAGGCCGAAAUUAUUGAUUAUCGUCGAUAAUUUAUAGCAAAAUUAUCAUUACAGGCCUAGUACAGAGGCAGACAUCCCAUUAGAAAAGUUAGUCUAGCUACGUUCGUUUCUGAAAUAUUGGGCAAAAUUGGCCAAUGACGUAUUGCAUCGAUAAAUUUGUGCAUUUAAUUAACGUUAAUUUUCUUUAUUGUCACAAAAGUACACACUCUAUGCUGGUAAAAUAAGUGUAAAAAGUAAAAAAUUGAAUUCUAAAAAAAUUUAAAUGAAAAAAACUGAAUUUUGAAAAAAAUAAAACGUAUUUCAUAGGGCCCUACAAAGUGAUGUGAUGGCAGUGUUUCUAAUUCCAUGUCCAGAUUUCACCCUCAAAACCUUGUGGGAAAAUAAAUGUAGCGUUUACCGAUCGACAUUCCACUUGUGAGUAAGUGGCCUCCUGCACUGACUACACAGUUAGGUUAUUUUAUUGAUGUCUGAUCCGCCCACCGGUGUAAGAAAUACAUGACACUCACUGCAAGGAGCGCCUAUGCAUAAAAGACUGGACAAACUGACCAACUGCCAACUGUUCAACUUGAUUUUAGUUUGUUUAUUAUGUUUGAAGUAAAUAAAUAAGGUUGAAUUGUCUUAAAAAAAAAACACUUUGUUGUGUGAUCAUAAAUACAUUUAGUCAUGCAACAUCCAAGGUUGCUGCGGCACAUUAACUUCCAAACGUUGACACGGAACUUAACAGCAAAAAGGUUGCAGACUCCUGAUCUACUUCACUUUAGCUGAUGACUGAGGAGUCCUGAUUUUAAAAGAUCUAACCCAGAAAGGUCAUAUCAUAUCAUACCAUAUCUCACAUUGUUGUUCCUUCUGUUAUCAAAGUACAGAAUGAAGAGGUGAUGAAUGGUCACUGACAGAAUUACCAAGCUCAAAAAAACAACAGUUGCGAACUAUGAUUUUUUUCAUUUUACCUACAAAACGUAAAAUAAACUCAAAGAAAUGUAACGGGAAUGUCACAUUUGAACAAAUUCAGCCGUUUGUCUAAAGUGUUAUUCUAACACAAGAUAUUAACCGAUCCACUAUUAACCACAGUUUGGUUUAUUCUGCUAAAUAUCGUUGCAUGAACUUGGUUGAUAUUUUAUUUGUAACACUUUUUUCAGGUAAAAAAAAAGACAAUUUAUUGUGACACAUGUGUCUGCAAGUUGCAAUUUACAACCAGUCGACUUCAAACUUUCACAAUAUCCGACCUAAGAUGUCUGAUAGUUAAUUCAAAAGGUAGAAAAAUAAUAAAUAUAAAUUAAAAAUAAUAAUAAACACAUUAAAAAGUAGAAAAAUAUCUACAGCUGCAGUCAGGGUUUUAUGCUGCAGAUUCCGAUACCAACCAUCCAUGAGUGCGAACGUACCGAUAUGGGUCACAUGGAUUAACAUUUUUUUAUUUAUUUAUGAUUAGAGUUAUUGGUCAAGGGCCCCUGGCAAAUAGCUAAAUAUUGAAAAAUAAACAUUUGGGAGGAUUGUAUUUAAUAAAUGUAUUAAAUACAUUAAUUUAGUUUAAUAAACAAAUCAAAUAAUUAAAAGGCAGAAUAUCUCAUACAUAAUCUCACCUGUUUUCUGGUCAGUGUUUCCAUCUGAAAUUGAAUCCCAAAUUAGCAGUGAGCAGCCACUUGGACAAGUGUGUGUUCAAAUCGAGGUUCGGUAAGGGCAUCAUAAUGGAUAACUGCAAAGAAGAGCAUAGGGGAGAUGGCGAUUAAGGUCUAAUUUAUUUCAGCUGCACUUUACUGCAAGCGCUGCUGCAUCCAUCUCAGGAGCACCACUUCAUUCCAUUCUUUUUCCACCGCUUAUCCUGUUCGAGGUCUCGGGUGAGCUGGAACCUAUCCCAAGUGACUGUGGGGAACAUCCUGGAUUGAUAGAUUCGAUAGAUUAGCCUCACAUGCAUGUUUCUGAGACCGGAGUACCCACCACUUCAUUUCACCAACACUAAUAAGAUCUAACUGAUCUUAGCUUGUACACAUGGCCACCAUCACCUGACUAACACAAUCAUUAGGUUAUUUUUAGGACUUGAAAUUGUCUACUGCAAGUUCCUACAAGUGUGGAUUAUUCUGUGGAGUUACACUUUACACUUUAUCCCCUGUAUCCAGACCCUCACCAACAUUUUCUGGAUUUUUCCUUGGUCCUUGUACCACCCCUCCACAAAGUUACUAUUAGUGUAAUUCUGCUAAUUGACUUAUUUUGAUGAUUGUCAAAAUAUUGAAAAAGUUCAUUAAAAAAUGAAUUGAG